CCUGACGCGAGAAAUACGGUCGCCAUCUUGGGGUGGUGAGAAAGCGCGAGAUAUCAAGAAGAAGACAAGAGACAAGAUGCCAGGCUGGUGCUCAGCGUACUCCUGCUCAAACGAGCGAACCGUUUCAAACAGAAGCAGGGGGAUUACUUUUCACAAGUUUCCCAAGGACAAAGACUUGAGGAAGAAGUGGGAAGUGGCUUUGAGGAGAGAAGGAUUUACUGCAAGUGACCAGUCAAUAGUCUGCAGUCAACAUUUUAAGCAGGCUGAUUUUGAUCAGACGGGUCAAAUUGUCCGACUAUGUCAUGGAGCUAUUCCAUCCCUUUUCAGCUUCCCGGUUCACCUCCAAAAAUUGGUGAAGGGCAGGGCUACAUCUACCGCCAGAAGAGCUGAAGAAAGCCUGUAUGUGGCCUCUGAAGAUUCCCCAGAAAUGGCAACCUCACACCCACAACCUCAGCCUAAUGAUGACCAUAGCUAUUCCUUGCCUGCGUCUACUCCUGCUCUUAAGACCAAAUUCAAUGAAGCCUUGGCAAGAGUAGAAAGUCUGGAGCAAGAGCGAAAGAAUGCCAUCUCCAGAGAAAAGAGGGCAAAGAUGACAGUGAAGAGUCUUUUGGGGGAUUUGAGGGAAAAGAACCUCAUUAAUGAAGAGCUCAGUGAGAAGCUUUCAUUCUACUCGGGUGGUUGCGCUCAGUGGAUGCCAAGCCUGGCCUGA